AUGAUUGAUUUCCUCCGCCAUCAUUGGUACGACCUUGGCGCUGUAUCCGCUGCAGUUACUGUCUAUUACUUCCACGUCAAUCGGAAGAAUCUUAAUACCAUACAGAGAUGGCUCAUCGCUAGCUUUCUUACUGUCUUGGUCCAUCAGUUCGAGGAGUACCGAUUUCCAGGGGGAUUUCCGGCGGCUAUGAACAUUGGCGUACAAGCCAGCCCUCGGCCGACCACCUAUCCCUUGAACGCACACAGUGCUAUGAUCACCAACACGGUUGCCACCUAUGGACUCUACCUACCACCAAUCUUCUUUCCAAACCUUGUCUGGCUUGGCAUAGGUCCUGUCAUCUUAGGCUUUGGCCAAGUCAUUAUCCAUGGUAUCAAUAUCAAUUCCAAGAUGCGCACGUUCUACAACCCUGGCCUCGCGUCUACUCUACUUAUGCAUGUACCCGUUGGCAUUGCCUAUAUUCAACAUGUACGAGCUGCUGGCAAGUUAACGCCAAUGCAACUAGGACUGGGGCUAGCAUAUGGAAUGGCUAUCAUGUAUCUUCUUCUUGGGAAAUACACCUUCACCUGGGCACCGGACAUGGAUUCGCCCUAUCCAUUUACAGCUGCUGAGAUGCAGCGAGGCGGUGUUGCUACAUACCUAGCUCAAGCUUAA